AGAUUUUAUGUACAGUUGGUAUUUUAUCAAAUGAUCAAUCUCAUAAAAUGGUGUACACUAAAUCAAUUGGAUUGAAAGAUUUAUCAAGCUAUUCAGAGAAAGAUAGAAAUUUAUUAUUAUGGAGAUCUGGACUAUCAAUAUUAAAUGUUAAUGUUAAAAUCUGUUUACAUCAUGAACAAAUUUUACUUAACCGGUUUGCUAACUCCCAAAAAAAUUGCAUCGACCCAUUUAAAAAGCAUACAACUAAUAUAAAUGGUGGUUUGCGAGAAAUUGAUAUUCAACUGGCAAAAGAUAUGUGUUCAAUUGGUAUUAAAACAACACCUGGUUUUAAAAUGUGUCCUUCAUGUCGAAAAGAAUUGGUAAAAAAAUAGAUAACUGGUCUACCUUACAGGACCACAAUGGUGAAGAUGAUUUUCUGGAACAAACAUUUUUUGAUGAAGAUAUAGAAAUGGCACAAGAAAAAGAACUUAUAAACAUCAGUUUUGAUAAAUUAGAUGUAUCGCCAGUAAAAUUUCAUGGGGUUCCACAACAUGCUAAAAUAUCUCUAGGAAAAAGAAAAUUAAUGCAAGCUACUGAUGUUAUGUCAAAAAAGCUAUCAGUUAUCCUCAAUGUUAACGCAACAGACCUGAAAAAUGAUGUUACUGGGGAGCCCAAUGUUGAAAAUCAGAAGAAAGCUGAAGAUCUAAAUAAAUUGAUACUUUCAAUGCAAGAAAAGCUGAAAACACCAAAUAGAAGAGAUUCAUGGCCUUUAAGGAAAGCAGGUGAAGUAUUUAAUAUAUCAAAAUCAACCAUAACUAAAGCAAGAAAACUUAAAUUUGAAAAAGGAAUAUUAACACUUCCAGAAAAAACUAACAUUGUUAGAAUUGAAUCAGAUAUCAUUAAUAAGGUAGAAAGCUUCUAUUGUAAUGAUCAGUUUAGUAGGCAGUUACCAGGUAUAAAAGAUUUUGUAAGUGUAUCCAAAAAUAAACAUGUAUUAAAGCGAUUACUUCUUAGCAAUUUAAAGGAAUUAUUUAUUGAAUUCAAACUAGAACACCAUCAACCCAAAAUAGGAUUUUCUAAAUUUUCUCAGUUAAAGCCAAAAUGGUGUAUUUAUUAUGCUGGUCAAAAAGGAACCUAUGCUGUUUGUAUAUGUGCAAAACACCAAAACCUAAAGCUUAUGUUUAGCGCAGUUAAACUGGAGAAGAAUUACCAUGAACUUAUUGAGAAGAUUGUUUGUAGCAGAGAGUCAAGGGAAUGCAUGGUCCAUAGAUGUAAUCAAUGCCCUGGAAUUCAAAAUAUUAUAAAUUAUAUGACUGCAAAUCUAUUGCAAAAGGAAGGAUCAUUUGAAGAGAAUGACAUAGGUGGAUGAAGAUAAAACAAUUGAAUACAAACAAUGGAGUACAACAAAUAGAGCAGAGCUUUUAAGUAACAGGGCGCAUAUACCAGAUAGAUGAUUUUCAUAAAAUCCAAUUUUUAAAUUAACUCAAUCAUAAUACACCAGUUUUCUUUUAUAAGCAAUUUAUGAAUUAUUCAAAUGCAAGUUCUGGUUUUUUAUUGACUAGUUUUUUAUUUAAAGCUUGUAUUUGUUUGA